AUGGGUCUGCGGGGACCAGGGCUGGAGUCACGGCAGGCCCCCGAUGGGAUUUCUAAGGGUCGUUCUGCCCUGAGCUUCGACUUCUGGUGUACAUCAGAACUUCAUUCCGUGUCCCCCUCCGUCACGCCGUCGCUCUACUUCUUCUACGACUGCUUUGUCUGGGUCAUGGUCGCCAUCUUCGGCCUGGGGCCCGUGGUGCACCACCCGCCCCUGCAGCGAUACCGGUGGCUCCUGCCCGGCCGCCGGGCCUGUCUGCAGCUGCCCCUGCUGCUGCUGGCCGGCCUGUGCCUGGUCCUCUGGGUCGCCUACCGCAACGAGGACCGCUGGGCGUGGCUCCCGCAGGACAUGCUGGGUGUGGCCUACUGCCUUUUCGCCCUGCGGCAUGUGCGCCUGCCCACCCUCAGGAGCUGUGCCUCCUUCCUGCUGGCGCUGGUGGCCUUUGAUGUCGUCUUCGGCUUUGUCACACCCCUGCUCACCAGGACCGGCGAGAGCGUCAGGGUGGAGGUAGCCUCGGGCCCGGCAGACGCUUUGAGCCGCGAGAGGCUGCCCGUGGCUCUCAGGGUGACCCGGCUGAGCUUCUCGGCCUUGACCCUGUGUGGCCAGUCCUUCUCCAUCCUUGGCUUGGGUGACAUCAUGGUCCCCGGCUUCUUGGUGGCCUACUGUCACCGCUUUGACGUGCACAUCCGCUCGCGGCAGGUCUACUUCGUGGCCUGCACCGUGGCCUAUGCUGUGGGCCUGCUGGUCACCUUUGCUGCCGUGGCGCUCACGCAGAAGGGCCGGCCCACCCUGCUCUACCUGGUGUCCAGCACCCUGCUCACCAGCCUGGCCGUGGCUGCCUGCCGCCAAGAGCUCACCCUCUUCUGGACAGGCCAGGGCAGAGCCAAGACCCCCGCCCGGGCUGUGCCAGGGCUCUGCAGUGCCCCUUCAGUUGGCUCUGGGCGGAAGCGGGGGCACGCGACAGAUGUCCACAGAGCCAGCAAGCUCGAGGGGGCCACUGAGCGCCUGGCAGGGGACUUAGACAGCGAGCUUGGGAAGGACACGGCUCAGACUGUCACCAUAUCUGAGGAUGAAGCUACCAGUCCUGAAGGCCACGGUGACAGCUCUGAGGGCUGGAGUGACGCCAACCUGGAGGCUGAUGAGCUGCCCGGUACCUACCCUGGGGCCUCAGAGGAGCUGACACCACGGAUGCCGCCGCCCUCGGAGCUGGGCCGCACCCACGCCCAAGCCCAGGCCCACGAUGCUGGCCUGCCCUGGACGGGGCUCCACAAGAAGAGGGGCCUGAAGGUAAAGAGGAGCAUGUCGACCCAGGCUCCCUUGUGA